AUGGAUUCACAAGAACGACCAAAUACACAGACCGUAUCGGUCUCCAAUCCAUAUUUAUUACGUUUAAAAUGUUUUCUUUGUCAAGCGUCGAAUCCAAAUAUUAAUGAUGAAAAUAAUAAUUUUAAAAAAGAUAAAAAUACAAACGAAAAAUCAUUUAAUCCUAUUUCAAAGCUUCCAUUGUAUACAUGUCCGGAUUGUGAAGCUAAACUUCGAUUAGAAGAAAAAGAAACUGCAAAUAGUUCAACUGUUACAUCUCAAGAAUUUGAAGAAGAAUCUGAUCGAAUGAUUAUUGUACCGGAUACAAGUUCUGAUGAUAAUCAUGAUGAAUGUUGGUGUCAAUCAUGUACACAUGAUAUUGAAGAUUUAAAUUCUCGUCAAUUAUGGGAUGAUCUUUCUCAUAUUAUUAAAUGUGUUUACCGUGCAACAGAUAAAGAAUUUUCAGAAAAUCAAUUUUCUGAUGAUAUUUCUAAAGCAAAAGACUAUGUGAAAAAAUUAACUGAUAUAAAUCCUCAAUUAUUAUUUAAUAAACUUGAAUCAAUUGUAUUAGAAUAUGUUCGUGAAAUACGAAAUCAAGUAUUAGAACGUUUUCAUACAUGCUCAAAAACUUCUCAUGAUGUACAAUUAUUUAUUUCAUUUCUUUUGGAUGAAUAUAAUAUGUUUAUACAAGCAGCAAAUAAUGUUUCAACAAUUGUUUCUUAUUUAGAAGAAAAUCAUAUGAAAUCUUUUCAUUUAACAUGGUUAUUAUAUAAUAAACAUUUAUAUGAACAAUUAAUUUAUAUGGAUAGAAAAAUCCAACAUUCAAUGUCAAAAAUGAUUGAUUUAUUACAACCAUCAAAUGAUGAUGAUAAUGAUUAUUCACCAGCUGAAUAUACCCAAUUAUUAAAUAGAUUUUUAGCAUUUGAUGAAGAAAUGUCUGAAAUAGCUUGUUUAUAUAAAGAUUCACAAGCUAAAAUGAUAUCACCAUCAUUUAAUAUUUGUAUUCAUAAUGGUUAUCAAUUUGAUAAUAAUAUUAAAAUUAAAAAAAAGAAAAAAUGUAAAAAAAUUAAAAAAUCAAAAAAAUUACAAACAUCAACACAAGAUAAUACCAAUAGUUCUAUAACAACAGCUGUUGAUAUUCCAUCAUCGGAUAAUACAUCAUCAACAGGUGUAUCUUCACAACAAGGUUCAAUUGGUUCAGGUAUUGGUGGUGAUGAAUCAUCAUCUGUCUCAUCAGUUGAAGAUUAUUUACUCGAUAAUGAUAUAUCAUCAUCAGGUUAUACAUUAGAAGAUCAAGAAGAAUUAACUCGUUUAAUGUUUGAAGAAGAUUUUAAUAAACAAUUAUUAGCAGGUAUAUUAGAUAGUGUUUCACCUUUUGCACAAAUUCAACGUGAAUUAUAUCAAUCAAGAUUUAAUGAAAAAAAAUCAAAUAUAACAACAACAAUUGAUGAUGAAAAAUGGAUUGAAAGUAUUAUUCAAGGAAUACAAUCAGCUAAUGAAAAACAACAAAAAAUAACAACAAAUGAUACGAAAAUCAAUAUUAAUUCACCAAUUGAAAAUAACGAACAAACAUCAACUAUUACAACAUCUUCAGAAUCUUCAUCUAAAAAAUCUUCAUCAACAAAAUCUAAAUCAAAUAAAUCAUCUCAUCGUCGUAAAGAAACUUCAUCAUCAAAUUCUUCAUCAACAACAACAACAGCAACAACAACAACAACAACAACUACAACAACAGCAAAUCAAAUACCUAAAAAAUCUAUUGCUGCUGAUUUACUUCUUCCACGUUCAAUAGCUGAUCUUUCAGCUAAAAUUCAAUCUGUUUCAUUUACUGCUGGUACAUUUGGUUCAAUAACAUCACCAAAUACAAAUGAAUCUUUUCAAUCCUCAUCUUCUUCCUCCUCCUCAUCAUCAUCAUCAAAUUGUUCAACAACAACAUUAACAGCAGCUAAAACAACAACAUCAACGGGACAAACUCGUUUAAGUAUUAAUUUAACCCGUAAACCAGGUACAAAAACAACUGAACAUGGUGGUCAAAAAAUAGCUGAAGCACUUUUUAAUGAAUUAACAAGUUUUGGUAAUGGAGAACAUUUAAAUAAUGGAAGAAAAAAAGAUAAUCAACAAUUUAAAAAAACUAAACAACAACGUUCAACUAUCAAUGAAACAUUACUUAAUUCUACAAAUAAUUCUCAUUCAUUUUUUAAUUCAUCAAAUAAAUGUGAUUCAAAUUCAUCAUCAUCAUCAUCAUCAUCAUCAACAGCUUAUCAUAAUUUAGAUCAUCUUCUUCGUCAUGCAGCAUCAAAUACUGAUGUAUCUGAAGCAGCAUUACAUUCAAUAUUAUCAUCAUUUCAUUCUCCAACUUGUCUUGAUUCAUCAUCAUCAUCAUCAUCAAAACAUUCAAUAUCAUCUAAAACAACUGAAGCAUUACAAACAUUACUUGCUCAACAACAACAUCAACAUCUUCAUCAUCAUCAUCAUCAUCAUAAUCAAAAAAAGAAUUCAUCAAAUAAUAAUAAUAAUAAUACUAAUUGUAAAUCUUGUGAAUUUUGUUGUUGUGAAUCAUCUGAAGGACGAACAUGUUCAUCAUCAACAUGUCUUCAUUUAUCAUCAACAUCAAAUACAACAAAUGGACCAAUAAGUAGUUGUGUUACAUGUAUGGCUUUACCAGGUACAACAACAUCUGUUAUGGGUACAACAAUAACAGGUACUUUUAAUCAACGUGAUGUUGAAAUGAAAGAACGUUUAAAACUUAAAUUAACUAAAAGAAAUGUACAAAAUUUAACUGAACAACAAAAUUUAUUAAAAGAUCAACAACAAAAAAAAAAUUUAAUAACUAAUAAAAAACAAUCAAUACAAAAUAAUACAAAAACAAAAGAAUUUCUUCUUAAUGAUCAAAAUGAUAUUGAUGAUUUAGUUAGAUUUAUUGAUGGAAAUGAAACAUUAUCAUCUAAUAAUAAUGAACAUCAAACAACAACAACAACAACAACAACAACACAUGAAACAACAUCAAAAAAAAAUAAAAAGAAAAAAGAUAAACAAUCAAAAAUUAAUAAUAAUGAUGAAAUUAAAAUAAAUUCUUCUCAAUCGAAAGAACAACAACAAAAAAAACAAAAUGGAUCAAAUACUACUCAACAAACAACUUCUUCUCAACAACCAUCUCGUAGUACUUCAUCUUCAUCAUCAUCUACGAAAGUAACACCUCUAUCAUCCUCAACUCUUCCUAUUCAAACUCAACAACCUUUAUCAAAACGAAAACAAAAAGCUAAACUAAAACUUGAACAACAACAAAAACAAACAACUAAUUCUCUAGAUGAAUCAUCAACUUUUUCUAAUACCAUCAUAACAACAACUAAUACUCCUACAUCAACAUCUACGGAUCCUCAUCCAACUUCUUCUCAAAAAUCUAAUACACCUCGAAAAAAUUUUGAUCUUCCAUCAGAAAGUUUUGAUACACCUGAAGAGGAAGUCAACUGGAUAACUAUUUCACGUAAACAAAGUAAACAUAAACCAACACCACCAUCUGUGCCAUCUCUAUUAGCUCUACCUAUUCAACCUGUUGUACCUCCAACGAAUACAAAACAAUAUCGACAACAACAACAACAACAACAGAUAACAGGUAAUACUAAAAAGACAACUUCAACGAUGAAUUCUUCAUCUAAUGUUCAACAAAAAGUCAUACCAACAAUUGGCGCAUCAUCACAUGGAACCUCGGAUACAAUAUCAAAUAAUAAUAAUAAUAAACAACAGCAUACUAGUGUAGCUCCACCUCGUCUUCAAAAUGUAUUGAAAAAUCAUGCAUCACAUCAACCACAAAAAGUUGAAUCAUCAAUCGUUUCACAUCAACCAGCAGUGCAACCAUCAUUGAAUCUUUGGACAAAUAAUAAUAUUCAUGAACAUACUCCAGUAAUACCAUCCAUGCCUCCAUCUUCUGUCUUGCCAUCAUCAUCAACUCUACUUCCUACAACACCAUCUUAUAUUCCAACUCAUACACCAUCAUCACCAUCCUCUUCUUCUCUUGUAACGUCAAUUCCAAUUGGUGGUACAUCUGUUAUUCCAUCAUCAUCAUCAUCAUCUGUAAUUCUACCUGAAGGUUUAUCAUCAUCAUCAUCAUCAUCAAUGUAUUGGGAUCCAAAUGGUUUUCUUCUUCCAUCAUCAUCUCAAUCACUAAUUAUCCCUUCAACUGCCCCAGGUCCUGUACAACGACCACAUUCAUCAUUUUCACCAGCGCCUGGUACGGUUAAUAAUACAACAUCUCGAUGUAUUCAACGACCUUCACCUGAACCACGUUCUUGCUCAACAAAUUCUGCUCCUUUUCCACUCUAUUCUCCUAUGAAUUAUGCUGUAGGUAGUUCAGGUUCAACGUGGAAUGAUACACCUGUAACGAAUACAAACGAAUCACAUUGGAAUUAUUCACAAGAACAACAACAACAUGGAUUAUCAACAACUCCAACUGAUUUUCCUCUCUAUGAUCCAUUUCAUAGUGGUGCUGGGUUAACACUUUCAUCAACGACAGAGAAAACAUCAUUGUUAAAUGGAUUUUCAGAACAUUUUACUGAUCUAUGUACAAUUCCACAAGAUAAUGAUUGCAAUGAAAUGGAUGCACUCGAUAAAGAAAUUGAAGAUUUUAAAAAAUUUUGUUUCGAAAAUGUUCCGUCGGAAACACGUGAAAAAAUACAAAUUAAUGUUGAUCGCUGCUUUGUUCGUCAAGCUUGA